AUUUCAGAUUCCAGCUUCCAUUCGGGGUACUCUGUCGAGCGUCAUCGGACCGGCAUUUAUUGGACCGGGCUGACAGAACAAAACUCCAUAUCCAUCCGCACAGUCCUCGUAUCCCGCCUGGUGACACAGAAGUCGACGGUGUGUGCAUUGAGGGCAUUGGCCUCCCGUAAAAAAAAAAAAAGGCCUGUCAUGUACAGGUUAGGCCUAGUUAGCCGAGCCCGUCACCGGAUGGCUUGACCACGGGGGGCCGGCUUCCAGCAAUCCCCAAUUUCCAUGCGCCGAGGGGCAAUGCAAUGGAAGCCUGGACCGGACCUGGGCCCAUUGAACUCCUUCACCAAAGAUGCUUGGCGAGACAAAAUUUCCACAUCAGCAUGCUGGCAACACUUCAGCCCAUCGCUGACCAUGGCGUUCUCCGAUUAUCCGGCCCCUUCACCGAGCAAUCCUUCGACGGUCUCGCGAGCAUAUGGGCACGGAGUAGCUUUGGAGAGUCUGAGUGGACGGUUCAACAGCGGAGAGCCAGUCCUGGUCUGAGAAGAAGUCAUAACCCAGCAACAAAAUGUCAGAAAUGCCCUCAAAAGCCACCCCACUGAGAGAAAAUCUUAUCAUGGCGCUUGUCAUUUCCCUUGGUUCCAGUUGGAGUGCCGAAGAAGGGAUUGGUUUUUUUGAGCCACCCACAACAUCACCACAUCGGCCCUCAUUCGUUGGCUGCGAGUCCUGCCGUCAACCAAAGAUCAGUCACCAGGUGCUUGCUGGGCUCGCUGGGCUGGCGCAAGGGCCCAGCCAGUCGCGCGCUCCAAAGGAGUGUUAG